AUGCUUUUACUGAUAGAGCCACCUGGUAGCAAACAUCAUGGUGUUACCGAAUCUGUUACACAACGUGGACAGCACCUUCUAGAAUACAGCACACCUGAGGAAGAUGAAGAACUGGAUAAUGACGAUGUAACGCCAUCAACAGCUGUCGGAACAAUAGCAUCUUAUGCACAGAAAAUGGAUCAGUUUUUGGUUGGCAAAUCUGAUUCGUAUGAAUUUUCUGACCGAUGGAAACGCGAAUUCAGUGAACGACCGUCGUGGUGCGAUGCGGAUAUGGCUUUGCAGCAAAUUAAACGGGGUAAAGCACGUGGCAAUCGGGCAGCUUUAUAUUCGAGAAGUUUAAUUCAAAAAGCACUGUUUACGCUGGGAACAUUUGUACAUCAUCAUGCAUGUCUCGUUAUGUUAAUCAUUGUAAUGUUCUUCUGUUUCUGCUGCUAUGGCUUGCAGUAUGUUCGCAUUGAAACAGAUAUCGUUAAGUUGUGGGUGGCGCGUGGUGGCCGAUUAGAAGAAGAACUUAAUUUUCUUUCAAGAAUAGACAACCUAAAUGCUGAUGAAGCACGUGGUGAAACAGGUCUUGGUGGUGCUUAUCAGGUUGUGAUACAGACUCCAGUAGUCGAAGGUGAUAAUAUACUUACUCAAGAAGGUUUGCUAGAACAUGUCACAAUUCUGGAACAAGUUGCUAAGUAUAAAGUGAAUGUUGCUGGCGAAAAUUGGACUCUUGCUGAUCUAUGCUUCAAACCGCCGCUACCGAAAAUUGACCACGUAUUUGCUACUCAAUUUUUACCGCUUAUUUAUAAAAUAAUACCAUGCAUUUGGAUCACACCGAUUGAUUGCUUUUGGGAGGGAUCAAAAGCGAUUGGACCACAUCCCAGUAUUGAAAUCAGUUCGCUUGGAUUUGGGAAAGAAUUCUUGACAUCGCUAUCAAACAUGGACACUUUAUCAUGGUCGAACAUCGAUCCACAAGCGCUUCUAGAUGAGUUAUCCGAAAUUUUGGACUUAGACAAUUUCAACAGUUUUUUUCAUCGAGCUAACAUAGGCAGAGGUUAUCUUGAUCGAUGGUGCAUCGACCCACUCAAUCCAGAGUGUCCAACUAGAUCACCAAAUCACUUUGCUUUUUGUGACCUGGUCCCCAGAUUUUUGGAAUAUUCCAGGAAACAAGGUUUUGAAGUACCAGUUGAUCCGGAAUAUCUUCGCCGCGAAGAAAGAAAGAAGGACUUGGAAAACGAAUACAGUCUGUUCGAUUUCUUCGGCAAAAGACGGAAGAGAGGACUGAGAAAGUCGAUUGAUAGCCAUCUGAGUGUAGAUGGAAUGUCGAAUAAUGCAAAUCGAUCUGAACUUUCUCUUAACAAAGGUGAAACUGUCGAAGCAAAUAAAACAGAAUUUUGGAUUGUUAAUUUUAAUUCAAAGCUUAUCCAAAAUAGCACAGACAGCGGACAAAUUGCAACUUCUAAAGUUCCACUAGGAACAGAAUCUAUCGGAUCAGCAGAAGCAACACUAAAUCCAAAAGUUCUGUCUUCAAUGAACACAAAGGAAAAAGGUUCAGGUUCAGUCGCUCAUCAGGAUCACAGUGAUUUCCUGUAUAACGAUGAUGAAGAUAAGGAAUUUAAUUUAAAUGCUGAAUUUUGCGCGAAGUAUGCACGACCUUUUUCGGAAUGGCUUCGGAAUAAUACGGAUAAGUGGCAUGAGUUUCUUAAAUUGCAUGAAAUGCCUGCACUUCCUAAUUAUGGUAAAGUAAUGACCGGUGGUUGUCGUAGUUUCGCGAAAGAUGUCAUGUUAUGGCCACAAGAUCUGAUUAUUGGUGGUGUUCAGAUAGAAAAUGGUACCAUUGUAAGUGCGGAAGCUUUGCAAAGCGUAUUUUUGGUUGCUUCGCCUACUGAUAUAUAUAAUCGUUUUAAGGAUGGUGACAAAAUUUAUUCAAAGCCAAAUUUAAACCUAAUGCAAUGGAAUGUAACUGUGGCAGAAAAUGUGGUCAGAACGUGGCAACGUAACUUUACAAAGAAUCUGUACAAUCAUCAAUCGAACUUCAUCAUUGAUCAAAAAAGUGAUUCGAAAGUUGCCCAUCGUCGCAUACAUCCAUUGGCAUCAACAUCAGUGGCCGAUAUGCUAGAACAGUUUUGCAAAUUCAAUUACAGCAUCAUUUUUAUUGGAUACUUUCUGAUGUUGAUCUACGCAUUGCAAGCUCAAAUGAAAUGUCAUGGAUGCAUGCUAGCUGUUGAUUCAUUCAUAGGUUUGGCUUUUGCCGGUGUCUUAGUAGUUACAUUUGCAUCAAUUGCUGGUUUGGGCUUUGCCACAUGGCUGGGUAUCGAAUUCAAUGCCGCUACUACUCAAAUAGUGCCAUUUCUAGCGCUUGGUAUUGGUGUGGACAAUAUCUUCCUGCUAUUGCAUAAUUAUCACAGUGUAAUAAAAAAUGUGAAGAAGGAUGAAAUUGGUAUGUUAAUGAAAGAAACCGGUAUGAGUAUUAUGAUGACAUCCAUCAAUAAUAUUCUUUCGUUUUUUACCGGAACAUUGUUACCAAUUCCUGCAUUACGCGUAUUUUGUGCUCAGUCUUGUAUUCUUUUGACGUUUAAUCUUAUUGCUGUGCUUACGAUUUUCCCAGCAAUUAUAUCAAUUGAUUUAUGUCGUCGCAAAAGUCAUCGUCGAGACGUUUGUUGUUGUUCGGUGAUGAAGGAUUCAUUCGCAAAGGAAGGCAAUUGUCUAGUUGAUAUCGGUGUCAAACCACAUAUCCAAGAAAAAUUGACAGUUGGUGGAACAGUGCCUUCAUAUCAUAAUCUAUAUUCUCCUAACGAUCGUGGUGAUGACAUAGAGGACGAUAUCGUAAAGCCUUGGACUCUUCAUGCUUUCCUGCGCUAUUACUACAUACCAUUCUUAAAAAAGACAAUAGUUAAAAUAUUUGUCAUCUUGAUUUGCUUAUGUUUGUUACUUGCUGGACUGUUUGGAUUACGCAGCACUAUGUUUGGUCUUGAAAUGAGCGAUGUGCUGCCCGACCAGACAGCACCAGCUGCUUUCCUGAAAGCUCGGGAUCGUUAUUUCAGCUUUUACCCGAUGUUUGCUGUCUUGCGUGGACCAGGCAUUGACUAUGCAAAAAAUCAACACAAGAUUGACAAUUAUCGUUUGAGCAUAGGCAGUUCUUCUUUUGUUAUGAAAAAUAGUGAAAAUGAACCAAGCGAGAAAUAUUGGUUAUCAUUGUUAAGGAUUUGGCUGAGAAGUUUGCAACAGAAGUUGGAUCAAGCAAUAGCUGAUGGUUUGAUUGAUUCGUCAACGGGUGAAGUUGUGGGUGAAGAAAAUGACUUUAUGGGAAAAACCAAAAAAUUAUCAACUGAUGUCAAUAUUGCUUAUCGAUUGGCAUGUAGCUACGGAAAUAUGUACAACUGCACCGGUCGUAUCGGAAGAGUACGUUUUGUAGAUGAAAGUGGAACUAUUAACAUGGAAAGUUUUUACAACUAUUUAACGGCUUGGUAUAAUUCUGAUGAAAUGAUGUAUCACGUUUCAUUAGCUUCGUUCAUCCCCUCACCACCGGAAUGGACGGUCGAAGAUAAAACAAUUCGUUUGGUACCGCCAGCAGGUCCAUUUGAAUACAGCCAAAUACCCUUUUAUCUUACAAAUCUAUCCAGUACACCGGUUAUUAUCGAAAUGGUUAAAGAGAUUCGUGCUAUUUGUGAUGAAUUCAAUGCCAAUGGUCUGCCAAAUUUCCCAGCCGGAGUUGCAUUUACAUUCUGGGAGCAAUAUUUACAUUUGAGCAGCAACCUUUUCCAAGCUAUUUGUGUAAUAGCAUUUGCUGUAUUUUGUUUGAUCUCUAUUAUUAUUUGCAAUCCAUGGGCUGCUGGUAUUAUUUUGAUAAUUUUACUGUUAAUGACUAUUGAACUCACCGGUUUCCUUGGUUUGGCUGGUAUCAAACUGAAUCCUAUCUCAGCUGUAACAGUGGUCACUGCCGUCGGUAUUGGAGUAGAAUUUACAGCACACGUUGUGCUAGCAUUUUUGACAUCGCUUGGCACCCGAAAUGACCGGAUGGCAUCGUGUAUCGAUCGUGUUUUUGUUCCUGUUAUUCACGGUGCUUUUUCGACAUUACUUGGGAUUAUUAUGCUUGCUUUUUCGGAAUUCGAAUUUGUUGUGAAAUAUUUUUUCGUAGUAAUGUCAGCAUUAAUUUUCAUCGGUAUUAUCAAUGGUCUUGCUCUGCUACCAGUUUUACUGUCACUUAUUGGACCACCAUGUGAAAUUGAGCCGUUGGAUGGAAGCUGUCGUUUGUCUCCUCCACCGCCGUUACGUCGACAGAUAAGACGGACAGUGCAAGAAUCUCAAGCACAUCGGCGCAAUUGCUCAGAUGAUAGUAAUACUGCAACUCUGCGCUCUGAAAAUUGCAGUACAAUGCUACUAAUAGCGCCGCCACGAAGCGGUAAUGGUGGUCCAUUGGGUGUACCACGGCUGGUUCCAAAUAGUCAUGCUCGAUCCGCAAGUGAUCAUAUUGUAUGA